AUGGAGUCCCGGUCUGUCCGCGCCGGCGUGGCAUCGCCCGGUUGGCGAGUGACCAAAGGCGGCUGCGGAGAGAGCAGAAACUCACGUUCGUCUUCCACGUCCAGUCGUCGUGUUGCCCCUACUUUCCCAUCCCUCCUGCGGAGUCCCUGCUGCAUCGCCCUGCGUUCGGCCUCCUUACUCGGCGUCCUCGGCGUCCUGUGGGCGGCGUGUGCGCUCGGGGGGCCAGAGGAAGGGGCGCCGCCUGCAACCAGUCUGCCUGAGCUGGCGACAGGGGAGGAGACCCGUGAUGUAUCAAGCGGCUUGGCUUCGUCGACUGGUGCCGGAGGCCCGGCGGCGCAUGAAGACAAGACCAGCUUCUUCAAGGGGUGGAAGUUUGCCUUGUCGAACCGCGUAGUUGUUUUUUCUCAAGUUGAGGAUGUGUUGGUGUCCACAGGGGGCGCCAGGGUCGGCGAGUCGUAUCUGUACGGGGAUGACGCCCGUCUUCCGCUCGGGGAGCCCACGCCCGGCCUCGCUUCGCUCAUGUAUCUCCUCGCACGGGGGCCGUACCCCGCCGGCAAAGUUGCGAGAAGCAGCAUGGGGCGGCCCAUGGCAACUCCGGCGAUCUCAGUCGCCUAUCCGCUCCUCCUCUCGUCCUUGAAGAAGGAAAUGGCGAGGAGAAACACCGCUCUCCACAGAGAAGCGCCUUUUACGGGGGGGCCUGGAGAGGCUGAGUUCCCCAGAGGAGGCGGAGCAGUAGAGGAAAAGCGUGAGAGUGCAAGCGUACAGAAUAAGGAGGCGACGCAUGGGGGAGGCGAAGAAGAGGGGAGAGCGGCAAGCGCCGAGCAAGCAGAGAGAGGAAAAGAGGAAGAUGCAAACAUACAGGGAGGCUCAUUCCCGAACGUAGGGUUCCACAUUCUCAGCGAGAUCGUAGACAGGGAGUUCCGCGACGCGGCGAAGAAGGUCACAAGGCUGGCGGCGAGUUCGUGGCAAGCGGGAACCUGGUGGCCUGAUCUGCCUGACGAAGUGGACGAUCCCACUGCUUUGGCGGCCCACAAGAUUGCGACGUAUCUGAUUCAGGUGUCUCAGAGCGCGAUUCAAGCUUUAGGGCUGCGAGACUCCUUCGUCUAUUUCUUCUCUGCCACUGCCGCAAGAGGCGUCUUGAACGCGUGCGCAGCAGCGCUGGUGGAGCGAAACCUAGGCGUCUUCUUGCAAGUUUCAUCUUCUCCUCCGCCGCGAGAGAACGCGCCCCCGUCUCUUCCCCCUGAGGCGCGUGUGUUCACUAUCGGAACACUGGGCCAGUCGAAGCCAGCGUCGAUCACCGGCGUGGUGCUGACGUACGAUGUGGCGGUUCACCAAGUUGUCACUUCAGAGCGUUCCGCGGCUUCUCCUUUGAGCAACAUCUCUUCCCACCUUUUAGGGCAACUUGCAGCCCAGUUGCUGCCUAGUGUGCAGCAGGCUGUUGACGCUUCAGCGCGCGGCACUUCUCCCGACGCGCCGCUGCCAGUGAUCUUCAUCAAACUUCGCGACAUCCGCGUCAAGCAUACUGUGGAUCCGUGGCACGGUCAUCCGACAAAAUACCUCGACAUGCAGCAAGGCAGAACAAGUGGGGGCGGAUAUGAAUAUGCUCAGCUGUUUCCUGUGGCAACCAAGGAAGCCGAAACAGAGGAGGGAGAGAAUUCAGGUGUCCUCGACCCUGCCACGCACUUACGGGGAUCAGUGCCAAUCAUGCUUUAUCGAACGCCGAUCUCCGCUGCCGCGCAAGCAUAUGUGAUGGAUCUUAUUGGCAGUGCUGAUUUUGCGGAACUGCUUAUCACGACUGUGAAAGAUCUGCGAGGUCGUGGUCCGCUUUUCCAGCCAGCGACAGAGCCGUUCGUAGUCGAUUUAAAGAGAGACUUGGACGCGUACAUUAGCAUUGCCAAAACUCCGAGCCUUGUUAUGGACAAGCAGCUGGUGGAGACGCAUGCGUUGCUCUCUCGGGUCAGCGACGACUUAGGGCGGCAGCGCGUACGCUGCGUCAAGAAGUACGUAGUUCCGCUAAAUGCAGACGAUCCGUUGUUUGAUUUUACAAAGGAUUUCUGCUACAACUAUCCCGAGAUCCUGUACCCGUCGAGUGCUGGAGGGGAAGAGUUCAUUUCCAAUGCCGUCUCGGUCGGCCUGGCCCUCAGGUCUCUCUUCAUAGCCACUGAUUGGCCCGGUCUCCGCUCGAUAAGGGGUGAUGUAGGCGGCGCCCGACUUUCUGUGCCGGCUGUCAGUGAGGCAGUGGAAGGUGAAACUCAGUUCCCUAUCCAAGGGACACGCGACUACAAGAGAAGCAGAAGCAGUCGAAAGCGGGCAGCAUCGCCCCGUCGGCUGUCACGCGGAGGCGAAUGGGACCGAGACGGAGAUGAGAGCGCAGACGAUGAGCUGUUGCAGUUGGAGGAAACCUUACAGGGAGAAGACCAGACGAGGGAGGCCCCGUCAGAAUCAUUCUUCAACAACACAGACGACGUUACCCUUGACGAAACAGAUUUCGGUAUCCAGCCCCCCGCCGUGGACGCCUUCCUGCAUGAUGCCGCGGCCAGCCAUCUGAUGACGAGAGGCGACGUUCGGGCAGGCGAUCAUCGGAGUCUGCCGCAGGAUGGCGAACAGGCGAAAAGCAAGGGGGAAAUAGGUGCAGUUGGGACCACUGGAGAAGAACUGUCAGCACAAAAGGCCGUCGAAAAGCUAGGGAAUGACCCUGUGGGCCCCGAAGCCAGAACACACGAGGAUCAGAAAGAUAGGGAAGGCGCCGAAAUGCAAAGUGUGGCGACGUUCCAUGGAAUGAUUCCGGAGAUAUUCGCAAAAAGUAUGCAAGAUCGCCUUGGUCCCCGCUGGAUUUCGUUGCUGCAAGUUUUAGGAAGUGUUAGCCUCCUCAAGGACUACCACAAGGUCCUCGCAUGGCUGGCAUUAUCUUCGGAUGCUGAUGUCCUCAUCCUUUGCACGAGGAGGCUGCUUCUCCGGCGUGACGCGGCAGUUUCAGUGGGACCAUUUCGAGUCUCACUGACUCACAGCCUGUAG